AUGGUGGGAGUUCCGCACAGUACAGGCUGUGCUCUAUGUCGCGAGCGACGGAUCAAGUGCGACGAGGCAGUCCCGGAGUGCAACCCGUGUCAGAAAUAUGGCCGCGCCUGUCCGGGCUACAAACGAACCUUCCGCUUUCAAGACGAAGGCCCCAACCUCGCUCGGCGACAUCGCUCCAGCACGCGACGAAAGGGGAGAGGCGCAUCGGCAGGCUCAACCACAUCGGCAGGCUCAACCGCGUCGGCUACAUCUUCAACCCGAACGGACCGAUCGCCCCCCAUUCACGGUGACUCCGCUACCGCUGCAGACGUAGUGCGCGGCAAUGCGAUUGCGCUUAUACAACGACACUCCUCCUUGGGCGGCUGGGAUGAAAAGGUGUCGCCGUCGCUAGUGCGCAAGUCGUUCCGUGCGGCACAGCCACAAUUAUUCCUCGACUUCAUCAGCACGUCGUUUCCGACCCUCUAUUAUCAUAAUCGGUUCCGGUCCGGCGAUGCGCCCGGGUUCGCCGAAUAUAUUGUCAUGAAUUUCGGCAACGAUGCCUACCUCGACUCUGCGGUUUGCUGCUUGAGCUCCGUCUAUUUAGCACACUUGACUCAAGAUAAGGCUCUCCUCCAAGCAAGUCGGCAAAUGUACUCCAAGUCGCUGCGUGAGGUCAUCCGGUCCAUUGCGAAACCCGAACAUGCCAAGUCGGACAACAUGCUUUGCACAUCCAUUAUCCUCAGUGUCUUCGAGAUGUACGCGCAGACCACGCCCGACGCCUGGGUCGUGCACUCCGACGGCGCCAAGCGGCUGAUGAUAAGCCGAGGCCCAGAAGCGCACGGGACCGGGUUCGGAAGAUGGUGCUGGAUUGCAUUCCGCGGCUUCCUCAUCGCCACAGCAGUCUAUGAGGGCAAACCCUGCUUCCUAGACCAAGAAGAAUGGCAAUCCUACGCGACGAAAGUCAGGGUUGAAGACUGUCAGAAAUCAGGGGAGUGGUCUGCAUACGGAGAAAUAUCCGACCUGGCUUUCAUGGAAAUCGCCAAAUGCCCGCGGUAUAUCAGCGAGACUCGGGAUCUGCUUUCAAUGCCGACUGAGCCAGACUCAACCACCUUCACAAAUCUCAUCGCGCGCAUACAUAACACUUCCCGUCAGCUGCGCUCGCUCACUACAGAGCUCCGGGCAUGCAUCAGUGCGCAUAGUGAGCGCCAGCAAGGUAUCGUCCAGCGGCCCGGAUCAUUCAUAGGUCCCGUACCAGAGAUCUUCCCGGACACCGGUCCAUCCCUGCUCCUCAAUGGAGCAGAGAAUAUGCUAGAGACACUACAACAGCUCUCCGACCGUCUUGGAGACCGAUUGCGCUUUGUUUCCAUCGCGGAUUCGCCAGAUUCGUCUGUUGCCACGCCACCCAGCAGUGGCAGUGAAUAUUCCACAUCCCCCUAUCCUGCGACAUCGAAGAGCUUCACCCUCCCCUUUCGCAUACAUUCCGAGCUUGGACAGGGUCCGUCUAAGACCUCUGAUCCACAUGAUCCCCGUGCUGUGAUCUGGUUGGAUCGCAUAGCGUCGUCAAUGGGUGUCCUCGGCACAAAGGUCCUCCUGGGUGACGAGAGUGAUUCAGUACAGAUGGUCGGCUCAUCACCUCAAGUGGUGGAGCUGCCGUAG